AUGGUUUUUUUGAGGAAGGAGAGGUUCCCUGUUGGCACAUAUAGCAAGUUGAAACCUAAGAAGUAUGGUUCAUUCAAGGUGUUGAAACAAAUCAAUGACGAUGCCUAUGUUAUUGAUUUACCAGAUUACAUGGGUAUUUCCAAUACUUUUAAUGUUGCUGAUUUGUAUGAGUUUUGUGAAGAUGAAACUCUUUAUCCUGAGCAUAACUCGGGGUCGAGUUCUUCAGAGGCAAAUGGGACUGAUGUAGAACAAAUGGCUGAAUGGAUUGAAGAAGAAUUGGACCGAAGAAUGGAAAAAGGACAUAACAGGAAUUUACAGAUUUGGAGUCCAAUAUCUGAACAGGGCGCAUGA